AUUAAAUAUAUCUGAAAAUGCCAUAAUUCCAAAGAAAGUAAUAAGAUGAGGGCCUUUUGAAAGUCAUAACAGUAGCAUGACUCAUUCAAGUCUAUCUAAAUCUAGCUCCAGAAUGCCUGCCAACUCUGUGAGACAAGUUAUGCCUGUUAAAUUCUUUUUAAUUUAAUUGCCGCCAUUGUAAACACUAAAGCCUUGACACAGACCAACAACUGAACCAAGUCUUGGUUGGCCCAUGGAGGGUGGCUUGCCCGUCUGGCGGCCUGUUUUCCUGGGAGAGAGCAGUUUGUGUGUGGAGGCCCCUCGACGGGGGGGUGAGCAGUUCAAAAGUUAUUUUGAAAGUGACCCCAGCCAACUGAGUUGGACCAGGCAGGGGCGCGCGCACAUACACCAUACACGCACAGACCCCCUCUCUCUCACACACGUACAUAUAGGCAGCUGUUCCGCGGCGUGUCAGAAGAUGACGGACACAGUUGUCGCAGAGGGACAAGUAAAAUUCAGAGAUGGGAAAAAGUGGAAGAGUCGCUGGGUCACGUUGCGGAAGCCGUCCCCAGUCGCAGACUGCCUCUCUCUCCUGGUCUACAGGGACAAGUCUGAUAAGGUCAAAGGUCGUGGUGAGCGACUGAGGUUGACCCUGGAGGGUAUCUGCGGGGUGGAGUCGGGUUCGGGCUACGACGGGGUCGCCCACGCCCUCUCCAUCCUCUGUCUGGGGCGGACCGUGGCCCUGGGUUUCGACAGCAGAGAGGGGCUCUCCGCAUGGGACGCCAGGAUAAGAUACAGCCUAGGGGAAGUCCACAGAUUCAGUGUAGGUGUCCAGCCGGGAACUAAGCUAGAGUCUGGCCCCGCCUCACUCCACCUGUGUAACAAUCUAUUGGUCCUCACCAGGGACCUCCCCCCGACCAUGAUUGGCCAGUGGAGGCUGUCAGACCUGAGGCGAUACGGUGCCGUGCCCAAUGGCUUUGUGUUUGAGGGCGGGACUAGAUGUGGCUACUGGGCUGGGGUAUUCUUCCUGUCCAGUUCAGAAGGAGAACAGAUCAGUUUCCUGUUUGACUGUAUCGUUAGAGGCAUCUCUCCCAGUCGACCACCGAGUGAUGUCAGACCCAACCUACCUGGCAUAGAUCCUGUUGCUACCCAGACCUCCUCAGAGGAGAGGAUAAGCCAUGAAGCGUCAGACCUGGAGAGAAGACUCAGUAGACUGUCCCACUGUAGUUCACAGAGCAGCACAGCCUCAGCCUACAGUUACAGCACGUCUGUUGUGAGAGACGACCGGAGCAGCAUGUCAUCGUCCUCUUCUGAGACAAGCCAAUCCGAUAUAAGCUUCGGAAGCCACCUCCCCUUGUGGGUGGAGCCAAGACGUCCCACUUCCUCAACUGAAACCCUAUCAGCCCCUUCCAAUGGGAGGUCCUCAACCAAUCCAGAUGAGCGUCUCUACGCCGCAGUCAUGAACCGCCUUUCUUCCAAGCAAACUUCCCGCACUCGCGGCCUCAACGACAGCGGGCGCCAAAGCUCAUUGGACAGCGGAAUCGGAAUAGCCACCACCGGCAGCCAAUCGUCCUACUCCGGCAGCUUCUCUUCCUGCACAGGGAGUCUGGACACAGGCAGUCAGGAAGGGGGGGAGGAGUUUGGCUCUCUGAUUAGUCUGCCACCUCCUCUUUCUUCCCCAACUCAAUCAAAUCCUCCACCUCCUCUGUCCGUAUUGAAUCCCGAGCCCAGACCCCUCUCCCCCUCAACUCCCCCUUCCUCCUGUCCCUCCCCCUUCAGGACUAGCAUUUCCAGCUCCCCCCAUGAGCUGAUUGAGGAAUGCCAGACACCCAGCCUGCUCCAGCCACGCUACGACACCCCCAGGACCCUGCUCCAGAGCCUGGCCUUCAGGGAUCCAGCAGCCCAGGGAGGAGCGCCCAAACCGGGGAGGGAAAGGUGGGUCGAUUGGGGUGGUCACCGAGCAAAGAGCCAGGGACAGGGCUGUCCUUCCCACGCGACAGAGGACUUUCUCCAGCGGGCAGGGACUCCGAGGCAGGCCGCUGGGGAGUGGUCCCUGUCCCGGAGCAAUGAAAGGACACCCCCUCUGGACAGCGGUGGACGAUGCAGCCCUGCACCCCCUAGGCCCGCCCCUUCCCUCAGACCCCUGCUGCUUCCUGGCUGCCCAGUGUGUGGAAGAACGCAGUGUAGUCACCAGGGUAUUGAUCAGAACUACAUUACCCAUGAGCAAUGGUUCUCCGCUAGGAAGCCAGACAUUACGCAGGCAAACAGCCCUUCACAUUCAGGACCUUCAACACCCUCACCAGGGGGAGGCUUCCCAUUCACUCUGCAUGCUUCCUCCGUGAUGAGGUCAUCAUCGUUGGACAGGCACCCGCAUCACCACAGUGACCCCAGUGUCAACUAUGUCAACAUCCCGGUUAGCCCUGUGGUUAAAGCUAACACUGGCAGAGAGCUGCUCUACAUGGAGCUGGAUCUACUGAAGCCCGGUGCAGGCCCAGUUUCCACCAACACCACUGCAGCAAGAGGUAACUCUUUGCAGCUGCGCAGACCCAGGGGCUCCACCAAGUACGCCUGCAUAGACAUCCCAGCCACUGAGACGGCUCAGAGGGUGGGAGCAGAACACGCCCAGGGGAGACGGGACCGGCUGACAGAGCUGGAGCACCGGACUGCUGCACAGACACUUAGGAGGGGUGCUGCGCAAUAACACCCCCCCCCCCC